AUGGGCGGCAUAGGUAAGACUACUCUUGCUAAAAACAUUUAUCAAGAUAGUCUUAUUAAGGAGCAUUUUGAUAUUUUUGCUUGGGCUACCAUCUCUCAAGAAUAUAACAUUAGAGAAUUUUUUAUUGAAAUUCUCCGUCAAGUAAAUAUUAGUGAAGUUGGUCAGGAAAGUGAGGAUGAAUUAGGAGAAAGGUUGUAUAAACAUCUUUUUGGUAUAAAAUACAUGAUUAUAAUGGAUGAUAUGUGGGAUAUUGAUGCGUGGGAUACAGUUAAGAAAUAUUUUCCAGACAACGACAAUGGUAGCAGAGUAGGCUAUCAAAUUUGGCUUCUGAAUUACCCGGUUCCAGUAGCAUUGAGAUGGAACUUUUGGAUGAGGCUGCUAGCUGGGACCUGCUUUCCAAAACUGUGUUUGGGGAAAAAGGUUGCCCACUUUAACUGGUGA